AUGAAUUACCGUUGGGAGAUGGAACAGUUGGCUCGUGCUUACAUCAAGUAUGUUGUACGAUUUCACGGUGUAUCUGUACAAUUGUGUCUCAUAAGGAUACUCGUUAUUCGUCACACUUUUGCAAGACUUUACAGCAGGCUAUGGGCACUACGUUGUUGUAUAGCUGAUUUCACUGAAGUUGCGAUUGUGAAACCCGAUUUGUUACUUCAAAUGACAGAGCAGUGUUGUCCAGAAGAGUUUGAAGUAGGGGAUCGAGUGUUGUUAAGGUUAUCGCCGAUGCGUAGGGUGGUUUGUUUUGGUGCUUGUGGAAAGUUGAGACCUGGGUUUAUUGGCCUUUAUGAGAUCUUGGAACGGGUGGGUAAGAUGGCUUAUCGCUUAGCACUUCCCAAUUCCUUGGAAAAAGUACAUGACGUUUUCCACGUGUCACAGCUAAAAAUAUAUUUUUCCACUGCGUCACAUGUUUUAGACCCCGAACCUUUAGAGCUUGAUGCAACCUUGUCUUAUGCUGACCAACUUGUUUGUAUUUUGGGUACUAACGUUCGUAGUACUUGGAGGAAAGAUACUACAAUGCUUAAAGUUUUAUGA